UAUAUAUAAAACUCUUCUCAAAGAUUCAGAUCUUGUACUGCAGCUAGCCACCACCAACCCCUGAAAAACAAAGUUCCCAUUUUUCUUGCUAAACCUCAUUCACCACCAUGGCAUCAAAACUAAUCUUGUCAUCACCAAACUCUCUCCUUCUCCAAAAUCCUAAUCUCCAACACCACAACCAUCAUCUCCUCUUCAAACCCACCACCAAUAUGGCAUCUUUCCCAAAUUUAACCAAUAAAGUUAAGGCCUUUUCAAUCAAAUGUGCAGCAACUACAGCAACCCCGCUUUCUCAAAGUCAAGAUCUUGAAGAGAGAGUCUUUAAUUUUGCUGCAGGGCCUGCUACUUUACCUGAGAAAGUCUUAAAAAAGGCUCAAUCUGAGCUUUAUAAUUGGCAUGGAUCUGGGAUGAGUGUAAUGGAAAUGAGCCAUAGAGGGAAAGAAUUUCUUUCUAUUAUUCAAAAGGCCGAGGCUGAUCUCAGGGCCUUGUUGAAUAUUAGUGAAGAUUACGCUGUUUUGUUUCUUCAAGGUGGUGCCACUACACAAUUUGCAGCCAUUCCAUUGAAUCUGGUGAAACCUGAAGAUUCUGUUGAUUAUGUUGUUACUGGAUCAUGGGGAGAUAAGGCCUUUAAGGAAGCUCAAAAGUACUCUAAACCAAAGGUGAUCUGGUCAGGUAAAUCUGAAAAGUAUACAAAGAUUCCAUCUUUUGAUAGUUUGGAGCAAACCCCAGAUUCUAAAUAUUUGCAUAUUUGUGCUAAUGAGACAAUUCAUGGUGUUGAAUUUAAGGAUUACCCAGAUCCUAAAAAUGGGAUCCUGGUAGCUGAUAUGUCUUCAAACUUUUGUUCAAAACCUGUUGAUGUUUCUAAGUUUGGUGUGAUUUAUGCUGGAGCUCAAAAGAAUGUAGGCCCAUCUGGGGUUACUAUUGUGAUAAUUAGGAAAGAUUUGAUUGGUAAUGCACAAGGGAUUACUCCUGUGAUGUUGGAUUAUAAGAUCCAUGCAGAGAAUAAUUCACUUUACAAUACUCCACCUUGUUUUGGUAUUUACAUGUGUGGUCUAGUUUUUGACGAUCUUUUGGCACAAGGUGGAUUAAAGGAGGUUGAAAAGAGGAAUAAGAAGAAAGGUGAUUUGCUUUAUAAUGCUAUCGAUGAAAGCAAGGGGUUCUAUAGGUGUCCUGUUGACAAAUCUGUGAGGUCAUUGAUGAAUGUGCCUUUUACACUAGAGAAGUCUGAAUUGGAGGCUGAGUUCAUCAAAGAAGCUGCUAAGGAGAAGAUGAUUCAGCUCAAAGGGCAUAGGUCAGUGGGAGGAAUGAGAGCUAGCAUUUAUAAUGCAAUGCCUUUGGCUGGUGUUGAAAAGCUGGUUGCUUUCAUGAAGGAUUUCCAGGCAAGGCAUGCUUGAGUCUUUAUUGAUUGGAUGAUUGAACCCCAACAUGGUGUUUUCAAGUUUUGAGACUUUGAAUGCCUCCUAUGAAUGAUUAUUCUCAGAGAUAUGUAACAAUAUGGUCUUGUGUUGUUUCCUUUAUGUUUGGUUUGAUCUCAGUGGUUGUUACAGUUGGGAAUUGAUGCAGUUUUAUAGGCUGUUCUUAUGGUCAUGUUAGUCAGUGUCAAGCUCAAUUUAGCGAGAUCAUAUAGUAUCUUUUUCGUGUUUUCAUUUCAUUCCGCAGAUUAUUUUUUAAUGCAAUGCAAUGGAGCCUAAUAAAUGAUGAUAUUACAUGGCUUUUGACA